AUGGCGCAGCCUGCGAGGCGGAACCGGACUUCAAGGAUGAUGAGGAGGCAUUCUCAUAUAUGCACUACUCAGGCAGCGCCCCCUUUUGGGUAUGCGGGUACUAAGAGUCCUCUCACUACCAACCAGCAGACAUCAUCUGGCUGGGUCUUGCCGGGGAGAUCGGAGCAACAGGGAACGCCUAGACGACGACGCCCGUCCUGGGCUGCAGUAAGUAGAUCGAGAGGUCGUUCCGCCCCUUGUCCCCGAAGAUGGGUAAUAUGUUCUCAUACAAUGUUGCUCCAAUCUGACCUAGCUGGCGAGCGAUCCCAGUCCGCGGCAGAGAACAAGACAGCAAGCGAGCGUACCUUUGUUCGCUUCUUCUCCACCAAGCACGGAAGUUUAAGGAUAACUGUAGGUCGGUGGCUACCUAAGGAAACUCCGAUUCGAUCCGCCCCCCGGCUGGGAGGCAUCUACCUCAUCCCGAUCACAAGGAGAGGUUCACCAUGA